UCCAACUUCCUGCUGUCUGAUGGGCCUCACAGCCUCUUCUCAAUUCCGAAAUGCUCUCAGUCGUGGCGACGAGAAAAAAGCCCUCGAAGUCUGGAAUCAGGCCGGCAAGGACUUUCAACAAUCAGUGAAACCCAACAAUUCAUACGGAAGCAGCCAUGAGGACCACACUCCCUUUCUCUACGCAGCCAAAUACGGCUCAGAGAACUUCGUCAAAUGUUUCAUGCAGCAAGGCGCCGACAUCAACGUAGCGAACUCACGCGGCCAGACGGCGCUUCACCUUCUCUGCACGCACAGAAUCGAUGCGUCGAGAAGUCAAGGACAAGAGGACAGCAGGAGACGGAGGCUGCUCGAGUUUGUGUGCAAGGGGGAGAGGAGGGUGGCGAACGGUGUCGUAUUCGAGGUGGAUGCGAAGGACGAAGACGGAGAAAGCGCGUUGCACAAGGCAGCGAGAUCCGGUCUGAAGGGUUGUAUGGAGGUGUUGUUGGCUCACGGAGCGUCGGUUUUUGUGGAAAACAAGGCGGGGAAGACGCCGUGCGAGUGUGCAGAGCAGGCGGGGUUGACGGAGAUAGCAGAAUUUCUUGAGUCGAAAAUGGUUUUCUCGGAGAGUGUUGAGGCGGAGAACGGUCAGAAGGGUACAGAUUCGUUUUAUGAAGAGGAAGUGAGUGGCCUGAGAACUCAGGACGUUCAGGAGGUCAAAGACAAUCUUCUAGUUGAGACUUCCGACAUGCUUGCCGUCCCAUUAUUUACAGCCGAAGCACUGCUAAGAAAUCACGAGUGGAAUAGAGAGGCACUAUUGAAUGCGUGGAUGGAGGAUCCGGAAACGACUUGCAAACGAGCGGGAGUCUGUCUUCCGAGUCACGUCAUUGCUGAGUUGAGAAAGGAAAUUGAUUUGCAUGGAUUAUACUCGAAGGUCACGAAGGGCGGUAGCCAAGACGACGACACGGCACAAUGUGAGAUUUGUGAGGUGGAUGUCGUGCUUUCUGAUUGUCCCGCGUCGCUACCGUGCGGCCACCUAUUCUGCUUACAGUGCUGGGAAAGUUAUCUGAACAUCAAAAUUCAGGAGGGCGACGCUCAUAACAUUCUGUGUCCCGCUCAGCAUUGCAACAUACUUGUCCCUUUGGAAACUAUUGAACGUAUCGUAUCUAAAGACAUGAUCCGACGAUACUUGCAGUUUGAUAUCAAGGCUUUCGUGGAGUCGAAUCCCAAUUUCAAGUGGUGCCCAUUUCCCGGCUGCGGGCGAGUCGUUCGCCGUCCGAGUUCCAGCAAUCAGGUUGUAGUCAGUGCUGCAGCCUCCUCGUCAAUUGAAGAGCAAAGCGGCUCGGACAUCCGUAAAGCGGUCAACUGCGGAAACGGUCACUAUUUCUGUUGGGGUUGCGGCGACCAGGCACAUGACCCUUGCGAUUGCGAUCAUUGGAAGCAGUGGCAUGAACGGAUAGCAGAAAUGAGAAUGAAGACAAGUGUCUCUGAUGCUGUUGCCUACUCGGCAGCUGCGACGUUGUGGAUUUCGAAGAAUGCGAAGCCGUGUCCGAAUUCGAAGUGUAAGGUGCCGAUUCAGAAGACCGAGGGGUGUAAUCACGUGAAGUGUUUUAAGUGCAAGCACGAGUUCUGUUGGGUAUGCCUGGAGGAAUGGAAGAAGCACAGCUCGGCGACUGGUGGAUACUUCAAGUGUAAUCGUUAUGAGGCCAUCAAACGAGUAGAAGAGGAAGGGAAGUUAGUGCUGAACGAGGCAUCUACAGAAUACACUAAAUUACGGGAAGUCCAUCGGUUCAGACAUUUCUUCGAACGUUUCGAGAACCACAACAACAGCUACUCUAUCGAGGAACGACUGCUGGCAGGAGUUCAAGAGAAAUUCCAGCGUCUCGCAUCACAAACGCACAGUGCGGCGAUCGACGGCGCGACGUUCAUCAAGGAAUCUGCGGAGGAGCUACUGCGUGCACGGAAGAUACUCGGCGGGUCGUACGCUCUCGGCUACUAUAUGGACGUCGAGGCCGACCGAUCGCUCAAAGACAAAGUCGUUGUGUUUGAGUUCAUGCAGAAUGAGCUGGAGGUUGCGACUGAGCAGCUUUCGCAGAUGGUUAACCGGCUGUACUUGAAGACGCCACGUGGACGCAUCGUGUCGUCGAUGCAGGUUCUACGUCGGAAGCGACUUGAGUUCUUGAACAGUGCCGAACGAGGCUUCAUUCCACCCGAUUGUCCUGGUCCAUGGUCGUCAAGUAAAGACGAUGAGGGAGAAGACGCCGAACUAUUGCAGGCGAUUGAGGCUUCACUGAGGGACAGUCGUGCGUAUCCGCGGUCUCCGUCAUCCGGUUGGAGCUUUCGCACGUAUUACAAUCCUUUCCUUGACUCGGACGAAGAACACGAACGAGCAGCCGAGCAUGUGCAUGACGGGAGCGACGACGACGAUACCCACGCGUAUCCAAAUCCAUUGAUUCACUUACGGAACUUGGUCGCGAUGAUCGAGUCGUGGAACGAUGACGUUCACUCGAUCGGACCGAAGUGCGUCCGUGACGGAUGCAACAAUUGUACGAUCGUCAACUACAGUUUCAUGCACGACGGAUUCUGCAGCGAGCGAUGCUCGCAGAUGGAGACGGACCGAGAGAGGAGACGGCGCCGUCGUAACCGACUGAGCGACCGACAUGGUGUUGGGCUGCAUGGAGAGAGUGCGAGCCCGCCGCAACUACCUCAACGGAAUCACGUCCGAUCGAGGAGAUCUCGCGAUAUCGCAAGCGAUUUGUCGCAAUUGACGGCCGGUCGACUGCAGGACAAUAGACAGCAGGGUGGCACUCGACGUCCACCGUCGCAACGUAAACAUCGACGUGUGUCGUUUGGUGGGGUCGGAAGUGCAGCAAGCGGGGUGGACAUUCAAACAUCAGAAAGUAAAAUCAGUACGGGCACUGCUGGUGCUCGUGAUGGCGACCUCAAGCGAUCUAUUGGUGUCGCUCACGGUGGUAGGGAUAGAGUGAGUCGUGCUGAUGAUGAUGGGAGUUUGCAGGAUGGAGCAAUGGAUUUGGCUCUUGCGAUGUCGCAUCGUUCAGUUGCAAGGGAUUCUCGUAUUGGUGGUUUGACGGACGGUAAGUUGGGUCGGACGGAGGAGACGCCAUUGAAUGUAUCCGAGGAGGGUUCUGAUGAGCACGACGAGGACUUGGAAUUGGCAUUGCAACUCUCACUCUUUGGAUCGUGUGUUCAAGAUAUCCACGGGAAUAAUGAUCUUAUGGUCCAAGACCCAGAUUUACAACGUGCAAUUCAGUUGUCUCUGGCUGAUACUGCAGCUGAUCAUUCACCGUCGCAGCCUCUUCCAGAUGCAGAGACAUCUCUUCAUAGAGCGACAUAUGAUACAUCGCUAUAGUGUAUAUUUCCUUAGACAUGGAUGUAAUGAAUUGCCCCUAAGAAAAGAGUAUAAAUAGAGUUAAUAGUAACAUUAUUUCAUAUUCAAAAGAAUAAACGUAAAUACUUUGUACUUGUA